AUCAUAUCGAUUGGGAAUUGCCUUAGAAUAUUGACGGCCAGAAAGCACAAUCAGAGCUAAUUUAUAAAAUUCAAAUUUCCGCAGCCAAAGAAAGCCUGAAAAAAAAGUUUUUUAUUGUUUUAUACAUACAAUAAAAGAAAAAUAAAACUGAUAACAAGAGUGAAUCCAUGAAUGAACGAACAAAAGACAGACGUCAAAGAAUUAAAACAAAAAAAAUCCAGCUGCUGGCAGGCUGAGAUACAAAGCCGCUGGGAGCAGUCAUUAGUGAGCCGCAUAGCAUAGUGGUUUGAGACAAAAACCACCAUUUUAACUAAAGAGGAAUAUAAAAAAAAAUCAUUUUUAUAGUAACCGUUUUAUUAUUAGUUUGGUAUCAUGUUGAAGAAAUUAAAUUGUUUUAUUGUUCUGUGUAUGUGUGUGGGUGCCGCAGUGGCGGUGCCCCAAUUUUGGAAAUUGAAUACACCAAGUGAACGAGAAUUAUUUAUAAUGGAUGUCAAGACCACCAUGUCGGCGGGGAUCUGUUACAAACAAGUGGAAGCAAAAGUCAAUGAUCCUGAGGUACGCAUGCGUACUGUGUCCUAUUGCUGUCCUGGCUAUAAUCGCAAUCGUUUGGCCAGACAUUCCUUGAAAUGUGAUCCCAUUUGCAAUGACGACUGUGACAAUGGCAUAUGUGCUGCUCCCGAUGUCUGUGAAUGUUUUCCAGGCUAUAUAAGAGAAAACGGCCGCUGUGCGAGUAUCUAUUAAAACCUAAGGUCAUAAAUUUACGCUAGACAAUAAGAACAAUAAAUAAAUUUAAUGUAAAGCAAUGCCUAA